GUCAAGAUUAGGAGAACAAGGAAAUUAAUGAAGGAGAUAAUUUAUAUGAUAUUCUCCACCCUUUGGAUUAUAAAGGAUCUGACGGUGAAUAUGCACCCUCCAAACGCACAAGGAUAGAGACGAUUUUGGAACCCCAUUACCCAGAAUUUCCCAGAAUUCAGAGCCAGUGCGGCUCCUCCAGGAUUUUCCAUCAAAUCAUUGGCUUUUAGAAGGUGUGCAACAUUAAUGGUGAAACCAAAGAAAAGACAGCUGGCAGCAUUACCGGCAAACAAGAAUGGUGCUCCAAGUGGCCUUAGUGGUUCUGUAAACUCGAAAACUAAAGUGGACCUGCUUGGAGAGGAUAGUUGGGUGAUAGUGAAGAAGCAAAGAGUCACCAUUCUGGUUCCUCCUCUGCCUGUUGCUAAAGAAUCUCAAAUGCCAAAUCCAGGACUAAGUCAGCCACAAGCCAUUCCCCAGGAAACUAAUACUAAAAGAUGGCAAGUUUCAAGUGAGACAUGUCCUCUGAGGGAUUCAGUUGUUGAAAGAGAGAAGUCCACAUCAUCAGGUUCUCAAAGGGAUAUUCAAGUUACUCGAAAAAUUCCUUCAGCUCAACCUGUUUCAACAUCAGUAAAACCACCAAGGCUAUAUUUUGGGAGGGGGUCAGACAAUACGGAAGGAGUUGGUACAUUUAAACCCCAAAGAAUGCUUGGGCCUAAUAGUGCUGCAAAAGCUAUUAAGCGGCCAACACUUUUACAUGAACCCAUUAACUUCCCUAUUGGGGGUGUGUUGCUAAAUCAACGAAUGAGAGCAUUGAAUCUUGAGAGGAAGCUUCAAAGAGCUGGUGGAUUGAGCAGGUGGCUUGCAUUACUGGGACUGGGACAGUUUGUGAAGAUUUUUCAGCGUAGGAGUGUUGAUAAAUUUCAAUUGAUAAACUUGACCAUGAAGAAACUGAAGGAUAUGGGUGCUGAUGCAGUAGGGCCUCGGAGAAAGCUUAUACAUGCUAUUGACUGUCUUUGCCAGCCUUAUUGUUUUGAGGCCUUGUGAAUGUUCCUAGAGUGUAGAAGCAGUUGGUGGGAAAGAUGGAAACAAAGGCAAAAGAGCAAAGGGCAUAUGUACAUUAUCUGCUGUAAAUGUUUAGGUGGUUGUCUUGGUGAGAGACUUGUUUCGACUUGUUGAUUACAAUGCUGCACGCAUCAAAACGAUGGAAAAAUGUGUUGUCUUUGAUCUUUUAUGAUGUAAUGUUCCAGGAAACAUGUUAGAAAUGCAAGUCUUGGUUCGAUCAUAUCA